AUGACCACGGUAGCUCAGCCCAUUGAAGACUUGAUAACAUGGGCGAAGCAGCGAGGCAGCCACCUCGCACCGAGCGUCGGCAUCGCUCACGAUCCCGCCUGGGGCUGGGCGUGGAUCGCGGAGGAGGCGAUUCCUGCUGGCUCCGAACUUGUCAGCGUCUCGACUAACACGGCCCUCUCCUACCUCAAUACGCUCGAUACGACUUCAGCCCUCUUCCCUAGCCACGACUCCCGCGCCUUUUCACGGCCCCAUCUCAGUCGCUUGGGGGCCGAGUGUCCGCAUGUUGUCGGUAACUACUUCCUCAUGCAACAGUAUCUCGAGGGCGACCAGUCUCUGUGGUGGCCGUAUAUCCGCCUCCUACCCCAGCCUGACGCCGUUGCCAACUUCAGGAUGCCCUUAUGGUGGCCCGAGACUGAUCAUGUCUUCCUGCAAGGCACCAAUGUGUACCCUGCCAUGGAGGCCACCCGGAAACUCUGGGCCCACGAUUGGCAGAGGGGCAAGGAUCUUGUGCACACAUUCGAUAAUUCAUCGGAUUUUACCCUGCGCCUCUAUGAAUGGGCCGCUACCAUCUUUAGUACGCGAAGUUUUCGGGCUUCCUUGACCAUUCCUCGUGCCUUUCCCCAUGAUCAUGAAGAAUGCCUGCCUGUCGAAGAACCGAUGGUGCGGGAGCACAUCAGCCAAGAUAAUUUCUCUGUCUUGCUCCCUCUCAUGGAUAUCGGAAAUCACUGUGAGGAUAAGCUCGUGGAUUGGAAAGGAAAUCUUGCCUCUGACCAGAUUACACUGGUGAAUCUGAAAAGCAUCGAGUCUGGAUCUCAAAUAUACAACUAUUAUGGCGACAAAUCAAAUAGUGAGCUCUUGCUCGGGUACGGCUUUAUCCUUCCCAACCCUCGCCUCGACACUGUCAAUAUUAAACUCGCGCCCCAGCCCGAUGCACUCGAGCGUCGGCAGCGGCAGCUAUGCUUUACGCGUCCCGCUGGUAAGACGCUUGAGCAAGAGCUGAUGUUCUGCGUUCACCCAAUCUCGUCUAGCCCUGACGCAAACGAGAAUGACAGUGAUCCCUCGUCUCUGUUCUCCUCGGGCCUCCUCGAUCUUCUCUCUUGUAUUGUAGCGAAUGAGAGGGAACGGCGGCAUAUGUCGAGUCAUGGCGACUGUUGUCUUGAACACAACCCGGCUCGUUUCAAUGAGGUACUGGGCCGGAAUGCCGUCCAGACCUGGCAGCUUCUCCAUCAGAAGCUGCAGGCUGACAUGACGAAACUUCAGACGACGGAAAAACUUCUGAGCUCUCCUCAAAAUACAAAUCAGGUCAUGGCUCUGGAAUAUCGAAGGCGUCAGUUUCACGUUCUACAAGCUGCCGCACACCGUCUCUCUCUCUAUCUCGAUCGUGUGCGAUUAGAGAACUUGUUCGAUUGGCAAGAAUCCAAACAGGUGGAAAGACAGGAGGCAAUCGAGAUACGGCCGAGAGUCGAACUUGCGUCGCUAGAAUGGGCCUACGAAUGGCUCCGCCAGUUUCCUGGCGUCUACGAAACUAUCACGCAUGCUAUCGCUGACGACCAGGCCGAACCACUGCCAAUUGACUGGGCCCUCUUGCUCGCUGAUUGGGACCGCAGUUACUGGGUAAUAUGGAUCUGCAUCAUCCUCAUGCUUCGAGAGGCCCAGCUACUACCUGCAUCCUGCCCAAGGCUUGUGGCCUGGCUUGGAUCCUUGGAAAGAAGCUACCAGAUCGUCCUUCAAACGAAGCAUGCAUGGGAUUGUGAGCGGCGCUAUGACCGAGCAGAGCUCGAGAUCAUAGACUCCAUGCUCACGGUCAUAGUAAAAGAACCCUUAAUUAGCCCGGGCCAAAAAACCCUUGGACAGAUAAAGGCGCUAGCAUUCUAUGUGUAUCAGGAGGAGACCAUUUUUAUGGCGUGGGAGAUGAAGGGAGGUAGCUCAGCUGGUACGAUGAUUGACCAGAGCAUCCUCUGUGUAAGUUAG